AUGGGUGGAAGCAUAGCCGCACCAACCAACGAUGCCAAAGGUCCUCAAGCUGUUCAAGACUAUCAUUUUCCGAGGUUUGGGGUUCCAAGAUGUGUGAUCAGUGAUGGAGGAUCUCACUUUGUGAACAAGGUGUUUGAAAAAGUUUUCAAGGAGGGAGAUGAUGUGCUCCUCUACAACUCAAGGCUCAAGCUAUUCCCUGGGAAGCUUAAGUGUCGCUGGUCAGGACCAUUCAAGGUCAAGGAAGUGUUGCCUUAUGGAGCCAUCACCCUAGUGAACAACAAUGGAGCUGAGUUCACGGUUAACGGUCAUCGGUUGAAGAAGUACAUGGGGAGUCAAAGCAUUGGAGAGGGAAGUUCAAUCCGUCUCCAUGAUCCACCCCAAGCCUAA